AUGCAAUUCUUAACAGCUUUCCUCCUCACCGCCGUUCUGGUUUAUCAAGUUAGUCCUCUUCUUUCUUCGUCUUCUUUUCCACAAUAAACUCGCUUAGACCACCGCGUCCGGCGUCCUCACAUUCCAUCUGAAAAGUGCUCACGCGCAGAAGGCGACCAUAAUCCUUUCGAGUGAAAAUGAGCCCACCUAUCUGGUGCUUCCGAUCAUUCUACAGAAAGAGAGCGAAAUGAAGUUCGGAGAGUUCGUCGUCGAUUUCCGAUCCAACUACACCGCCACGAUUAUCAUCGAUGAAACUUCCGCUCUCGGAGUAAACAGCAGCAUCUACCACGCACAGAUCUCUCCCGUUCGGGGCACGAUCGCUCCUCAGAAACUGAACCUCCCCCUUACCGGAAUCCGUUUGGACUUUGAAUGCGAUCAGUGAGUUUGCUGUUUUCCUUUACAUGCACUUUUUAACAUUCAAAGUUUCAGAGAUUGGCACGGAGCGAAAUGCGACGCUUUCUGCGAGGUUUCUUCGAAUUGCACAGCAGCUAAUGAGAAGUCGCAAAGCGAAGUGGAUCUCGAGUUCGCAGUCGAUUACACAGUGAACCCUCAAAAGUUGGAGAAGAUUGUGGAGAUGCUGAAGAAGGAGAACGAGGUUGAAAAUUGGUUCAAGAGCCAGUUGCCACGUCACAGAGAGACCGACGAGAAGAUCAACGUGAUCGGGAGCCUUCCGCCGUUCGCAGCUGACAAGGAGCAGAAGACGAGAUCGGAGGAAGAAGAGGAAGGAUCGGCGGAGCUGAUGGAGGACACGAAUACCACUUUCAGACUUGUGUAA